AGUUAUGAAUGUUCGCAAGGGCAAUUAUCACCGGGCUUUCAAAAACACUUAUCCGGCGUUCUGUUACUAGACAUAUUAGGUGUUUUCUUGUCUCUUAAUAUAAAUUCCGUAAAUGCAAACGUUCAACAUAUUCUGUGUAUACUUAGUGUCGAAUAUUUUAAAAUCCAAAGUAUGCUGACGGCUUCGCGCAGUUAGUACGUGUCACCUCUAACAAAUUGCUGCGUAAUGUUUAUUCUGCUAUAGAUAUCUAAUUUGAAAAAAGAGAUUUUUUGCUUUGAUACCAAAGCCGUCUUUUACGUCAUUAUAACUUCCUGGUACGGUCGAUUUACACUGCAAAACAUUGAACGUGUGUGAUAUCUUGUACAUUGUGUACUGUACAUAAGAGAAGGGAGAAGAAAAAAUAGCACUCUAGAAAUAAAGAGCGAAUUGCGCCGUGUAAAUCAAGCCUACGAUAAUUUGAACGAAAUGUAAAAGUUUUGGUCGUAAGUUGUCUAUUGUGAUUUAUACUCGUGACGUUUCUGCGUGGAAAAUCGGCGCAUGUUCCUCGCGUCAUGGAUUUACAAUGUAAAAUUGUAGCAAAACGAAUAAUAGAUUGAAUGUGCCAUUUGAUAUUGUUAUCUUUUUUUGAAUACAUAAAUGACUAAAUAAAUAGCUUGUCAAGGGCUAGUCGUAUUGGCUCAGCCGGAUUGAGGAUUAUUUGAAGUGAUCCUUUUACAACUAGUGGAUCCCACCUAUUGCUUUAGAAUUCUUUAUUGAUUUUGAGGACACUUUACAUGCAACGGCCAAUAAACCUUUUGGGGAACUCUGAAAUUCGUCUUGUGUACGCAAAGCACGCUGGUAUUACGCGAGAGUUGUGCAUCAAAGAUGCGAAUGUCCUAUUGGUGAACUCGUGGAUAUAAUGUUGGUAUUAAUUGUAGACGUUGUCCCCUCAUUCGCUUAUAGAUUGAGUUAAACUCUUGUAAUCUCGAAGUGGUCCAAAUCCGAUCAGCUGAGGACUUCCUGAACUUCAAGUAAUUUUCUGUGAUGUUUGUGAUGAUAGAGUGAACAAUUGAAGAUCUCAAGCCGCGAAAAACUCUUGUUUACAAGAAAAGAUGACCCUAUGUGCAAGUAACAAGCCCUYGAUAAGGCUCUCUUAUUGGUGGAUCCAACGCUCCAAUCUAAGACUUUCAGCUCCAAAACAGCUUUAAUUUACAUGACAAGUCGUGGAUUGGCUCUUCGGCCAGUUAUCAUCGCAGACGGUGUCGAUAUUCAAGCACGUAGCGCCAUACCAGUCCACUCAACAGCACUGUUAUUAAAACAUUCCCAAAAGCAAAAAAUACCAAAACUGUGGAGCCGUUGGGCUACCAGCACUGAUGGACAGCGCGAAACAAGUUGACACUUGAGAACAAAAUACGAAAAGUGAAUACAGAAAAGAAGAUACUUGUGCUGGUUUAUGAGUUCAAAAGUUGACAGGGUGAAACGACAAGAAUGCUAUUUGUCUGACAAGAUGACAUCAUUUACGUGGUUUUACUCUGCUUUGAAUAGUGUUUAAUUGAAUUUAAGGUAAAAACACGGACAAUUUUAGCUUYCCGYCGAGACUAUUAUUGACAUUUAAGACAAACCUCGUCAUUUUUCGACGCGUUUUUCGGGUUCCACAGGCAAGUUAAGAAGUCAUAUUCARUAGUCGAAGUCAGCGUGGCUGGUCGCAUAGGUUAAUUCCUUUCUUCAAAGUGUCGGAAAAAAGUUUCGUUUAUUCAACGAAAACGUUUAUUAUGGUUUGCGAUUUUGCUCGGGGCAAUUCGACCAUCAAUAURUCGUCAACAAACAGUCGUGGUGCUUACGGAUUUGCGACUUUAUGUGCAAAUUCCACCGAUAUUCCCGUGACAAAGAACAUGGAAGCGCCGGGACUGAGGAUUUUCAAACUCUUAUGCUACACUAUUGUCUUCAUCGUGGGUACGAUUGGGAAUUCCCUGGUAGUGUGGCUUGUAGCAAAACGCCGGCUUCGAGCGAGGUAUAAUUAUUUUUUGGCAAACUUGGCCAUUGCUGAUCUGGCUGUGGUGACAAUAAAUCUACCAUUCAGGCUUGCGUACCAAGAAAACGACUAUGAAUGGCCGUUUGGAUUUGCACUUUGUAAGAUUAUUCCUCCUUUAACGUUUACAUUCACGACUGCGUCAGCUGCAUUUUUGAUGGCAGUGAGCUUCGAACGCUAUCAUGCAGUCGUCAAUCCAUUGAAACUCAAAGUAACUCGACUGCAGCUGAAAUCAGCUGUUAUAUUUAUUUGGRUUGUGUCCAUUGUAGUGACUCUGCCGCUUAACACCUUCAUGAAGGUGAUGAAGAAGCGCGGUAAGACGGUAUGUACAGAUUUAUGGCCGUCGCUGCUAUUUGAACAACUCUACUUUUCGUUUUUAUUCAUCGUUCAAUUCGCGUUUCCGUUGGUUGUUAUGUUAAUGGUUUACAUGCGAAUCAUUUGUAAAAUGAACAACAAUCAGCUUCGGUCCUGCAACCAUCGAGCUUCGGCGCAUAUUCGUCGCCGGAACAAGCGCGUUAUUCGCAUGUUAGUCGUGGUGGUGGUCGCGUACUUUGUGUGCGUCAUGCCUUACAGUACCUAUCUGAUAUUGGCUGUGUUUGGCAUAGAAAUCAUUGCAGUUAAAAAGUUUCUUGUCCUUCUAGUGUUGGCCAAUAGUAUGAUGAACCCAUUAUUGUACGGUGCUCUUAACAGGCAGUUUCGUAUUGGAUACAUGGAUGCCAUAUCGACUAUUAGACGGACCUGCUUUCGCGGGAAAAAACAACCGACUUUGAAAUCGAUUUUCAAAGCUGUACCUGACGAAAAUCCUGCUUACAAUCAACGCAAACGAAAAUAUUUCGUAAAAGUGAUGAUUUCGCACUGAGGGUUUUGUCUGUCUGUCCGCAAGGUUCAUGUCUUACUUAUCAUUACAAUUAAUCACGCUUCUCAUCGCUUUUAGUGCGUGCGAGGCUGUUUUUUUUUUUUCAUCGCCUGAAGGAGCCUCGUCGUGGCCUUUCGCAUUGUUGAUAAUGGCCUAAGUGAAACAAUUUAAAACGUUAUUGUUAAACGAACGCAAACUUUCUACGAGAAAGACGUGAGUUUUCAACAGUUUCAAAGACAACACGUCAAUAUAUGCAAUUAUCUUGUCAUUUGUCCUCUGUACGACUUAAUAAAUCGAAUCAAAGAAACCGUGGUAACACAAUUGAGGAUGUAUCACGAUAUUAUCCAUCAACACUGAAAUCUCCUCAGGAAUUCUAUCAGUUUCUCACAUCGUGAGCCAUUGGCAAAGUCUGUUCCACCAUCUGGCAAGAGACUCUGGCUUUGAUUUGAAUCGUUAAUGAGAGAUUUUUACAGGCUUAGUGUACUUUUGAAGGGAUCGACCGCCCAGCCUAUUAGGAAGUAAUUAACAGUCCAUCGUUAAGACAUUUAAUACUCGCCUCAUACAUCAUUUUACAUUCUGUCUUGAAUAACCGUUCAUUCGGGAUAGUUUUCGCUUGCACUCUUAUUUAUAAAUUGAGGGAUUGUUCUGUGAUUAUGGUAUUACAUCCUCAGGGCUGCGGGGGWAGAUGUUAUUAGGAUUUGAGAGAAAAAAAGCCAUCUUAAUUACACUGUACUUAAGAGUCCCUUGUAAGAGGUAAUAGUGCUUUUCAAGCUAGCCUGCCCUCAAUAGAUCGAUGUUUAUUUAUUGAGUMUUCGACUCGUGCUCARUGURAUGYAGUACAAAGCCACACGCGAUGACAUCCACCAAGAAUCGUGUCAAAAUUAAAACUAUUAGUUCUAAGAGUCGCGCGAUAACAAAACCACUUACAUAGAUAUGUAAAUACUAUAGAAAGACAUGCUUGAAAUAGAAAAUAAAGUCAUAUCAAGAAUGAAUGGGAAUUGAAUGAAGYAAACACAUUCGGAGAAAACCGCACGCUCUUGGCYCCUGUGAAUUUGCCAACCAUWAUUACAAUUACAUUUUUUCUUAUAUUUCUUUUAUCAAUUUUCUUUCAAACAAAGGUAAUUAUUACAUYAAAAUGCUAUUUGCAAUGUUAUGUGUUCAAUAAUCUGCGAAGCCCUUCAGCGGAACAAGGAAAAAUAAAUUUUCAUAAUACAAAUUGUCAGUCCUACUUAAAAGUGUAUAACAUCGACGUGGUUUUCCUGCAAAAAUCUUCAAAUUUCUAAGCGAGUGUAUUUUAGUAUUGAUAUAAUUAGCGAUAAGAAUAUCUCGUAUUGAUAACAAUGAUAAUGCAAAUGUAUUUUUCAACCGGUUAGCUGCCGAAUUCAGGUUUUGUAAAACCAAGAUAAAUYCAGUGAUAACCAAAUCAAUAAAAUCAUGUGCUACAAGCCUUAAGGAAUUCA